AUGGCCCUCAUAACGUCCAAAACCCUCAUCACAUCCAUAUCGCUCUUCCACAUCACCCUCGGCUUCUUCUUCCUCACCAACCCCAGCGCCAUCAACGAUCAGAUCCUCGUACAAGUCCUCGGUCAAAGCAUGGGCAUUCCAUUUGCACGAGGAUUCGACGCACAAUCCCACACCCUUGCCUUCCUCUCCAUCGUCCUCGUAUUCUUUGGUCUCAGCGACCUCUUCUCCCUGGGCAUGCCCGAAGAAUUAGGAUCGCUCUACUACUGGGGAACACAAGCGCCUCUACGAGCCUUUCUAUCCAUCCUUCUCACAUUCUACACCUACACAUUCGGGCCAUCAUCCCCCUUCUACGGCGGCACAUCACACCGAACUCGCACCAGCUACAACACGACCUACUCCCCCGCAUCGUGGGGCGGCGAUGGCCUGAAGAAUCGCGUCUUCUUCACAUUCGUCUUCAUCGAGAUGAUCGCCUGGUUCUGGGUGUGGGUUACGCUGCGAGAGGAGAGAGCCGGUGUUGUAGAGAGGAUGAGGAGGGGCGCUUCUGGGAAGAAUCACGCGCAUGAUGAGUGA